AUGUCCUUCAAGAUAACCAUACUCGUUUUACUGAUACAACAUUCUGUUACAUGUUUCGGAGAAGCGUUUUCCAGUCAUCAUCUGCAUCCACAACACAAUUUACACACAGACAAAGCUACACUCCUGGAGUUCAAGAAGAACAUAUUAUCUGACCCACAUUCAAAACUUGCUAACUGGGAUGAGAAAACUCACGUGUGCAACUUCACGGGUGUAAAAUGUGACAAACUGCAUCAUCGUGUUUUCCGACUCAACCUCAAUGAUUCUCAUCUCUUAGGUAAGAUUCCAGCAGAAAUCGGGAAAUGUCCAUAUUUGUGGAAUCUUAACUUGUACAACAACCAACUCAUUGGAGAAAUCCCUGCAUCUUUAGCCAAUUCAUCAGGUAUGUUGAAUUUGGAUGUGGAGAACAACAGCCUUUCUGGUGAACUGCCUUCAGAAACAAUAUCAAAGCUAAACAAGAUGUGGUACCUUCAUUUAUCAUACAAUCACAUAGUGAGCCAUGACAACAACACUAACCUAGAGCCAUUUUUUACUGCUGUGGCAAACUGCAGUGGCUUAGUGGAGCUGGAAUUGGCUGCUAUGGGUCUUGGAGGCAGAUUGCCUAGUUCCAUUGGACUACUGAGUGAAAUACUGGAUCACCUGUUACUACAAGAAAACCAGAUAAGUGGAUCAAUUCCUCCUGAGCUUUGUUUGUCUCAUAACUUCUUGACCGGUGAGAUUCCAGCUUCUAUAGGACAGAUGUCUAGUCUUGGUCUGAUGGAUCUAUCUAAUAACAGAUUAUCUGGUCAGAUUUCUAAAGAAUUUGGAAAUCUAUCCAGGAUAAACUAUCUAUUCCUCAACGACAAUCAUCUUUCUGGAAAAAUACCUCCGGCCUUAGGGAGAUGCGUGUCUCUGUACAAGCUAGACCUGUCCUAUAACAGAUUGACAGGAAGCAUCCCUCCAGAAAUAUCCGGAAUGCGUGAAAUCCGAAUAUUUCUGAAUCUAUCACAUAACCAGCUUGAAGGGCCGUUGCCAGUCGAACUAAGCAAACUGGAGAGUGUUCAAGAGAUUGAUUUUUCGUCUAAUAACCUUAGCGGGAGUAUCUUUUAUCAAAUUUCUAGUUGUGCUGAAUUGCGGGUGAUAAAUUUCUCCAACAAUUCUCUUCAAGGGCAUCUUCCAGAAUCAUUAGGAGAUCUUAAAAGCCUUGAAUUUUUUGAUGUUUCAAGAAACAAGUUAUCCGGAAUAAUCCCAGAUAGCUUGAACAAAAGCCAUACUCUGACGUUCCUGAAUCUUUCAUUCAACAACUUUGCUGGAAUGAUUCCCACUGGUGGCAUCUUCGAUUCCAUCACAAAGUUAUCAUUCUUGGGCAACCAGCAGAUUUGUGGGUCUGUUCCUGGCGUACCAGUUUGCCACAGAAAGCAACACUAUUUCCACUCCCCUCUUUUCCUGGCUAUCUUUUGUAUUGUCAUACUCAUAUCAGGUUUCUCGACAAUCUGUUGUUGCGUGAUUGGAUGCCAGCGCCUAAAAGUUAUUGUUUCCACCAGCCGGGAUGGAAAAGAGAGAAAAUUGCCACAAGACUUGACCCACAAUUUUCCAAGAAUAACCUAUAAAGAACUUUCAGUGGCCACAGGAGGAUUUGAUGAGCAGAGACUAAUUGGAUCAGGCAGCUAUGGGCGAGUGUAUAAAGGAGAUCUUCCAGAUGGAACACAAAUAGCAGUCAAGGUUCUACAUCUGCAAACUGGAAAUUCCACUAAGAGUUUCAACAGAGAAUGCCAAGUGUUAAAGAGGAUUCGUCACAGAAAUCUAAUAAGAAUUAUUACAGCUUGUAGCUUGCCAGAGUUUAAGGCCCUUGUUCUUCCCUAUAUGGUAAAUGGGAGCUUAGACAGCCGUCUUUAUCCACAUGCAGAUAAUGGCCUAAGGUUAGGCUCCUCGGAUUUGAGCCUAAUACAGAGGGUGAACAUUUGUAGUGACAUUGCAGAAGGGAUGGCUUACUUGCAUCACCAUUCUCCAGUUAAAGUCAUACAUUGUGAUCUAAAGCCAAGCAAUGUUCUUCUGAAUGAUGAUAUGACAGCUUUAGUCUCUGAUUUUGGGAUAGCAAGACUGGUCAUGACUGUCGGAGGAGGAAAUGGGGGGAUAAUCGAUAAUAUGGGGAAUUCGACUGCGAAUAUGCUGUGUGGAUCUAUUGGAUACAUUGCACCAGAGUAUGGGUUUGGAUCAAGCACAUCCACAAAGGGGGACGUUUAUAGCUUCGGUGUUCUGGUUCUCGAGAUGGUGACUAGAAAGAGGCCAACAGAUGACAUGUUUUCCGGAGGGCUAAACCUGCACAGAUACGUCAAAAGCCAAUACCACAAGCAAAUAGAAAAUGUUGUUGACUCUUCUUUACUGAGAUCCUUGAAAGAUCAAUUCCCUGAGGUAAAGAAAAUGUGGGAAGUCGCAAUUGGACAAUUAACUGAGUUGGGAAUUAUCUGCACACAGGAUUCAGCUUCUACAAGGCCUACAAUGCUUGAUUGUGCGGAUGACUUGGAUCGUCUCAAGAGAUACCUGUCAGGGGACACCACAGCAACAUUGGCGACAUCCCCUGGAAUAUCAUCUUCAACGUUCAGUGAUGAUUAG